AACCGCUUUCCCGUGGCAGCGACAUUCUGGGCGCCUAUUACUGCUGGACCCUCCCACAGUUUGCGGAUGUACUGCUCACUCUGUUGCGCAACGCUUACGCUGCCUACCGUGGCCAGCUGUAUCAGCAAACGCGGGGUGUUGCCAUGGGCGCCAACUUCGCCACGUACGUCGCCAACAUGGCCUUGUGUGCUCACGAGUACCGCUUCCUCCGCACCCUCUACUGCGCCGCCUUCCAGCCACAUGCCCUCCUUCCACCACUCCCCCUUCCACCCAGCCUCGCGCUGGAUAUCCUACUUGCCUUCCAACAGACAUACCGGUUCGCCGACGACCUCCUCAGCCUGGACAAUCCAUUCCUCCCCCACCUCCUCAGCGCCAACCAGCUCUUCCUUGGGCUGCUACCCGGCAUCUACCCCAUCUCCCUCACUCUUACCUCCUCCGGCGCCUCCUCCCACACCACUCCCUCCCUCCCCUACAUGAAUUUUGCCAUUACCGCCUCCGCCUCCACCCUCCCCGGGCACCUUCUCUUCACCCUUGCUCCCUACGACAAGCGCGACGGCCCCAAGUUUCGCCACCUCCCUAUCGUCCGCUACACCCUCUUCACCAGCACCCUUCCCCACCACAGCAAACUUAACCUCGUCAUUAAUAUCCUUAUGACGCACGCUCGGUUCAGUUCCACCGCCUCCGCCUUCACCUCCGCCGCCCAAGAUGCUAUGCGCCACCUCCAUCUCCGCGGUUAUCCACGUCCUUUCCUUCUCCUCGCCCUCCGUCGGUUCUUCCGGCUACACCUUCACCUCCUCCCUCACCACCCCCGUUGGUCACAGCUGCAGCGUACGCUCCUACCUUCCUAAUGCCUUGUUGUCUCUUCUGGUUGCUCUGUGGCAGCAGCAGCGGUCAUGACGGCAGAUACAGCAACAGCUCUGGGCUCACGGACGCUUUGGGCUUUCGGACCUGCGCCGUCGCUUUCGUGGGCCGUGGCGUCCAGUUCAGCGGCGGCAGGGUUUGCGGACCUUAGGCUAGCGGGUUGGCUGGUGGUUAUGCGGUCCACUGACGGUGGGUCGUGCCGUGGCAGUUUUAGGUUGCCCUUUGUCGCGGUACGGCCCGGGGCACGGUGUGGUUGCGUGGUCGCGUGUUUUUGGGUUUAGGUUGUUUUUUCUGCAGCCGGGCAGGCUGAGCAGGGUCGGGAUUUUUAGGUCGUCUCGGGCUUGGGAGAGGGGCGGGGUUUUGUUGUGGUCGUUGUGGUCGUUGGUCUUUGUUGUGGUGCU